AUGGCCAUCAUGACCAGCGACACCGAUCUGGAACGUCGCUUCUACCAGGACUACAAACAAUGUUCAUUCGGCUUCGCCGUCGUCAAAGCUCGCGGCGUCUACGACGACUUCUCUCCAAUGGCCAUGAAGAACAACAUGCGCCGCCAGCUGCCCACAACCAUUGUCAAGCAAGUACUGUAUGGUGAUGACUUCCGCCAGGUCAAGCAAGAAGUAGUCAAGCUCUUCUUCAACGAAUUCUUCCACAACAAGGAUUUCAAGCGCGCCGUCAGGCACGUGAUUCUGGAGGCAUGUCGAUCUUUUCACGGUGAUGGCAAAGUCGUUCAUAACGUCGACUCGAUCGAAGUUACCAGAGGCGGCACUCAGACGCCGCGUUUGCUUCUUCUUCCACUAGUACAGCGGAUCGUGGAAGAACAUCUGCGCUUCGUGUACUCCCACGCAAUCGACCGCUUUGUGGCCUGUGGGUUCUUCUCAGGAGAAAAUGCCGACCGCGACUACGGCCACCCUGGCUCAGUCCUGCCGGUUGAGUCGAACCUGUCAUUUCAGGAAGUCAAGUCUACAAUGACCAGCACUACAGAGACAUCAUUCUUGACCUUGCCAGAGUACUGGAAGGUGUACCGCGAGUUCGAGAAGCGGCCGGAAGUGCUCAAGAGCCUGACGGACUCACGCUACGUGGAACUGUUGGACACGCAAAUCAUGAACGGCCAGAGCGAGAUCGCCACAAUCAUCAACCUAGACACCAUAACACAUAUCAAGAUACAGCCUGCUGCGCCCGCACUCGUUCACCCAAAAGACAUCGGCGAAGGCGGCUUUCCCGAGCGACUUUCCGAUCCGGCUCAGUACAGUGACGCAGCGCUAUGGCGAUACUGGAGUCCGGACUCAGCACACAAUGUUGCCACCAGAGGGCACAUAUUUGUCAUGAACCGGCCAUGCAUCGACCUGAAGAUCUCGCCGGAUGAGAAGACAAAGUGCUUGACCUUCAGGCCAAUGUAUCGCACGAUUCCGGAUCUCAAGUGUGAGGUGGAGCGCGUGGGUGAGCGGUGGGUUGAGGUCAAAGUGUAUCCUAGGUUGUUCAAUGUGAGGAGGUAA